CCAUAAUAAUAUAAUAUACUGCAUAUACCAGGUCGAAGGUCUCAUGUCCGUCCAUAUUCUUCCCAACAUCCUCCACUCUCUCGACGCCCGAGCUCAGACUCUGAAACUGACGCCUAACCAGUGACCACCUCAAGCCCUAAUUUGUCGUCAAAUAUUUCAACAACAAAUUCCGAUUGCGUUUCCGAUCCCGAUUCCGUUUCUGAUUUCAAUCUUGAUCAUCGUUCUUCUUUAAGAAUCUUCCCUCGUCCUCUUUGAUCCAGAUUGGUUUUUAAGUCAAAAUGUCCGAUAGUAAAGGUAAAGUACCUAGGGAGAGAAGUCCCAGCAGACUAAAAUCAGAAGUAGGGGAUAAGGAUGGAGAUAAAAAGCACAUGCAUCAACUUCAAGAUGCUUUAGCUCUUGAGAGCUUGCCAGCUUCUGACUCUAAGCAAGAGGUUAAAGGUGCAAGCUCCAUGUUGGAUAGCAAGAAUAAUGGAAAAGGUGAAAGAACCGGUCAUUCAAAUACAACAGCAGUCCCUCGUCGAUCUUAUCAUCAGCAUGAUGACCGUCGUACUGCCGCCCGAGAUGGCAGCCGCUCUGGACGCAGGUCGACAUCUGAACGUGGAUGGUGGAAAGAUUCAAGAGGCGAAGACCGAGCAGCACAUAGAUCAGCACCUUCUGAUCCAAAAGUAAGGGAGGGAAAAUCUCGAGCAGAAGAUAAACGUGGAUGGUGGAUAGAUUCCAGAGGCGAAGACCGAGCAUCACAUAGAUCAGGACCUUCUGAUCCAAAGGUGAGGGAGGGAAAAUCCGGAGCUGAAGGUGGUGACAGUCAGGUCUGGCGACAUGAUACAUUCAUAGAAGCGGAGGGUGAUGCACAACCUAGUAAAAAAAGACGUCCAUUUCGAGAAGAGAAACUUCCAGUGAAGUCUGAGGAUGUGGAUAAUGCUGUUGUUCCUGAACGUAGUAAGGUUUCCCAUCCUACUGGGGGGACUGCAAGGUGGGAACAAAAAGCUCAUGAUCGUCGCCCGUUGGAAAGGAAUGAGCAUGAUCGAGCAUAUUUAAGGGAGAGGUCGUUUUCGAACCGAGGACGAGUAGAAAAUACUGGUUUUCCUUCCAGGGACAGGUUUAAUGGUGUUAGUAAUAAUGGGAAAUUCAUUGGAAGGGAGAAUUUUGGUGGAAGAAAAGGUUAUCAUUCGAGUGGCGGUCGGGUUGAGAAGUGGAAGCAUGACUUGUAUGACGAGGCUAAUAGAAGCCCAACCCCUAAAAAGGAGGAAGAUCCUGUUGCAAAGGUGGAAGCAUUACUUUCUUUGUAGAUUACUACUAUUUGAAUCACUGUUGGUUCGAAGAUUACUGUUGGUUCUUGACUGAGGGACUUGAUAGUUUUUGUGGGAUUUUAAUGCAGUUGUGUCUGGUGAUUAAUGGCGUAAUGCUAACAGGUUCAAUGCCUUAUAGGUUAUGGUACGGACUUGUAUCUAGUUUGAACAUUCUGGAGAUGUUUGCUUAUUGCUGUUGUUGAUGUUGA